UCCCCCCAUUUGUUUUCAGUUUGCAGUGCUUCUGCUCGGAUUACAAGACAAGCCCAUGAUAUCACCCGCUAUGAGCUGAGGCUGAAGGGGCUGGGUCUUGGGAGGGGUUUGCUUGACUAACUCUAGUGAAAUUUGCCAGGAAGCAGCAGCUUCUUGCAGCGUAUUUCUCCGGCUGCAGGGUAUUUCCAGCGCGGAGGGGACCACUCAGGCGGCACGCUCAGCCCAGAAGAGCGAACUUCAUGCAGCACGACGCGGCAGAGGUCACCCCCAGCACAGCCUACCACUAACCGCAAGGACAGCCACACAGUACCUACCUGCACUGACUGGCAGCUGCUAGCAGAGGAUUUGGCUCUGAGAACUGUGAGCACUGAAAAUGGAAAGAUUCCUGGGUUUUAACCAUAACCACUGUUUCAUCGCGCUGUUCCUCCUCACCUCCCUGAGCCCGCUGGGCCUUGCCCAGUACGAGCACUGGCCCUACCUCCCCGGUUACCCUGAGCCACCCCCACAAGUGUACCAGCCCCCUCAGAGGCCGGCAAACGUUCCCAAGAUCCAGCUGCGGCUGGCAGGGCAGAAAAGGAAACACAACGAAGGCCGAGUGGAGGUGUUUUACGGUGGCGAGUGGGGCACAGUGUGCGAUGACGACUUCUCCAUCCAUGCCGCUCACGUGGUCUGCAGGGAGCUGGGCUACGUGGAGGCUGUGUCCUGGCUACCGAGCUCAAAGUAUGGAAAAGGAGAAGGGAGAAUUUGGAUGGACAACGUCCACUGUAACGGCAAGGAGACCACCCUGGCAGCCUGCACUUCCAACGGCUGGGGAGUGACCGACUGCAAGCACACUGAGGACGUGGGAGUGGUCUGCAGUGAAAAGAGAAUCCCUGGCUUCAAGUUUGACAACUCACUGCUUAAUCAAAUAGAGAACAUGAACAUCCAAGUGGAGGACAUCCGAAUCCGUGCCAUCCUUGCCACCUACCGCAAGCGGGUGCCUGUCACAGAAGGUUAUGUGGAGGUGAAAGACGAAGGGACCUGGAAGCAGAUCUGUGACAAGCAGUGGACCAUGAAAAAUUCCCGAGUCGUCUGUGGCAUGUUUGGAUUUCCGAGUGAGAGGAAAUACAAUGCCAAGGUCUACAAGAUGUUUGCCAGCAGAAGGAAGCCAAAUUACUGGGCUUACUCAAUGGACUGCACUGGGAAUGAGGCUCACAUCUCCAGCUGCAAGCUGGGCAAUCACCUCAACGUGGAUGCAGAGAAGAACGCAACCUGUGAGAACGGGAUGCCUGCUGUGGUCAGCUGCGUCCCCGGACGUGCCUUUGCCCCAAGCAGUCACAGCGGCUUCCGAAAAGCCUUCAGGCAAGAGCAGCCGCUGGUGAGGCUGAAAGGAGGAGCCAACACCGGCGAAGGACGAGUCGAAGUGCUGAAAAACGGAGAGUGGGGAACAGUUUGCGACGAUAACUGGAACCUGGUGUCAGCAAGCGUGGUGUGCCGAGAGCUGGGCUUCGGGAGCGCGAAGGAAGCAAUAACGGGUGCAAGACUCGGGCAAGGUAUGGGUCCAAUUCAUCUGAAUGAAAUUGACUGUACAGGCUUUGAAAAGUCCAUCACGGACUGCAAGUUCAACACGGAGUCGCAGGGCUGUAACCACGAAGAAGACGCUGCUGUGAGGUGCAACAUUCCAGCGAUGGGUUUCCAGAAUCAGCUGCGUCUGAGCGGCGGCCGCAACCCUUACGAGGGCCGGGUGGAAGUCCUGGCCGAGCGCAACGGCACCCUGAAGUGGGGCACCGUCUGCAGCGAGAACUGGAGCACCGUGGAGGCCAUGGUGGUGUGUCGGCAGCUGGGCCUGGGCUUCGCCAGCAAUGCCUUCCAGGAAACCUGGUACUGGCAUGGAGAUAUCACUGCCGACAAUGUGGUCAUGAGCGGCGUCAAGUGUUCGGGGACAGAGAUGUCCUUGUCCCACUGCCGUCACGAUGGAGCCGACGUCUCCUGUCCCAGAGGAGGUGGCCGUUUUGGUGCCGGCGUGUCCUGCUCAGAGACUGCCCCCGACCUGGUGCUCAAUGCGGAGCUGGUGGAGCAGACGGCCUACCUGGAAGACCGCCCGAUGUUCAUGCUGCAGUGCGCGUUUGAGGAGAACUGCCUGGCCAGCUCGGCUGUCAACACGUCCGUCACUUCUGGCUACCGGCGGCUGCUGCGCUUCUCCUCCCAGAUCCACAACAACGGGCAGUCCGACUUCCGCCCCAAGAACGGCCGCCACGCCUGGGUCUGGCACGACUGUCACAGGCAUUACCACAGCAUGGAGGUUUUUACCCACUAUGACCUACUGAACCUCAAUGGAACCAAGAUUGCCGAAGGACACAAAGCCAGUUUCUGUCUGGAAGACACCGAAUGUGAAGCAGAUGUGCAGAAACAGUAUGAAUGUGCCAAUUUUGGUGAACAAGGAAUCACGGUUGGAUGCUGGGAUGUGUAUCGUCAUGACAUCGACUGCCAAUGGAUUGAUAUCACUGACAUCCCACCAGGUGAUUACCUCUUCCAGGUCGUCAUCAACCCGAACUAUGAAGUUGCUGAAUCUGAUUAUUCAAAUAAUGUGAUGAAAUGCAGGUGCCGGUAUGAUGGACAGCGCAUCUGGAUGUACAACUGCCACAUAGGUGGCUCGUUCAGUGAAGAAACAGAACAGAAGUUCGAUCACUUCAGCGGACUCACAAAUAACAAGGUGUCCACCCGAUAGACCGGCAUCGCCUCCCUCCCCACUAUUUAAAGAAGCAAGGUUUCCUGCUUCGGUGAUUUCCCUAACCACUGCACAAAAAAGAAAAUCAAGCAAACAAUCAAAACUCCAAAUUAGCAAGGUAAAUUAUUUUCAAAAGAUGCCUUCCCUCCAAUUUUAGGUGCUCGGACCACCGUGUGUCUCUUGUAACUCAGGUCCCUGCUACUGAGGUAGUUUGGGGCAGGCUUUUAAAUUCUACUUGGCUCCAGAUCUUCACCAUUUCAGCCUACUCCGUAAUGAUUCCUCCCUCCACUUUGCAGCGCCAUCUUUACUCACGUAUGUAGGUCCAGGCUGCAGCAAGCACAGUUUGGCUUUGUUUGGGUACCAACAACCUAAAUAUGUCUUUACCAUUCAUUUUCUUCAAGGCAUUAUUCUUGGUAUCUUUAAGCUCUUUGACUCAGGCUUGAACGCACCAUUGAUGCAAACGCCUCCACUUGUGAAGCUGCUUCUUGAACACAGCUAAUCCUCAGUACUGCCAUGUGAUUACUCCAUUUUAGCAAAGAAAUACAGGAAAGGAACAAAAUUGGAGCAGCUUUUUCUGAGCAGAACAGUCUAAAACGUAAUUUAAUACUGCAGUGAAACUUUUGUAUUCAAUAUUCCACUCCCAGCACAACCUCUUAAAUGGAGCAGCUAAUGCAGAACUGGUUUCUACAAGCGCAUCACAGCUCCACGAAGCUACAACUCCAUUGUAACAUCUAUACAACUGCAUUGUAACAUAGAGAAGACUUAGCAGAUCUCCUGGUGAUGAGUCCACUGGACUGUGAAUUUCCUUUACACAGUAAGCUAUUCACCUGAUAGAUUCUACGUACAUCUAAAUAUUACCUUUUAAGCUGGAUAUUCACUCUGUCUUUUCUUUAAAGGAUGAACAGAGUUAAGGCAUUGUAUCAAUCACUGUACCUUACAGAGGUAACUUCAUGGCUUUCAUCAUCAGGGAUCUGGACCCAUGCUGUCAGACCACCUGUGUAAGUUGUCUUUAAAAGGAUUUUUACACUUGGUACAUUUGUAAUGGUGCUAAGUGUGCUCCUCUGUUUGUUUGAGGACACACGUUGCUACAGAUUUUCAGACACAGAUACUUGAAUAAGAUCCAUUUACCCAGAAAAACGUUUUACGUGCCAUUUGUGUAUUUCCACUCCAUGAAUGUUGAGGGCCUUGUUCACUUUCCUGGUACUAAAGUUGUUUUCUCCCUCUGUGUUUGUACAGAAGACUUCUACAAGCAGGUAAAAUUAAAUGAAUAAUUUAUAGCUGACCAUUUAACUCCACAGGGGUAUUGAAACUGGCUGUGUCUAGCUUUUUCUCUCCAUAACCUACCUCACAGGGAUGUUGUGAGGCUUAAAGAAUGCAGAAGUCUUUUGCUAAUGCCUGUCAGAGUAUUUCUGUGACUUAUCCAGUGGCCCAGAUGGUGGCAUCUAGCAAAGGUUUUUAGCCUACUGUAAGCUGGAAAACUCCAUUUUGUUCUCAAGAUGCAGGAUUGUGUAGCAGAGUUGGAGAUGUGCUGGAUGCUCUGUUGCUGCUGCAACAAGGUGUCUCACAGCAUCUCUUAACACAGGCUCUAUGCAAAUCAAGCAACUGUCAAGUUCUAGUUUUCUUUUCCUAAUCAGUGGAUGACAACUUUCCUUACUAACAGUGCACCAAGUCAGGCUCUUUAAAUACUAUGUAAAUAAGAAAAAAAUCUCUAAAACUCACUUGCAUUCAAUGCUUGUCAGUUUUGUGGGAAAUUUUAACAAAAACAUUACAACAAAGUAAACAUUAAACAAUGCUCUGUCCUUGCUUACAGCUGAACUUUGGCCAACAACAUACAAUUCCCUUAUUCUAGUGCAUUUUUUAAACUUUUUAAAGCAGGGGUUUUUUUGUAAGCAGCCUUGGCUCCUGCGAGUGCCUCAGUGGGCAAUAAACACCUUGAAACAGCGGAGAGGUGCUCUGCACAACGCAGAGCUCAUCAACGCUCUGCAACACUCGCAGGGCCUGCUUCUCUAGCUCCACAUCUCAUUAAACUUUUUCCCUUCCCACCUUUAGAGAGAAAAUGCCAGUACUAAACCCGUAAGAGAACAUCCCAGUGGCAACUCACUGUUCUGCAUGCAGUUUAAUAUCACAGCCAUGCUCAUCUAUACAUCUCCUUUAGCGGGCAUGGCUGGCUCUUCCUGGUCCAAGCUUUCUGGCGGGAGCACUUCGCUGCCUGAGACGCGCUGCUUUUUGUGCUUCAGUCCCAGAGCCCUGGUCACCAGCCUCCUCGCCACCGCGGUGUCGGUCUGGGGUCUCUCUUUUGCAAGCUGAAGGAGCUCUAGGUAAAAAUGGGGGGAAAUGAACAGGUUGGAGCUUGUUCAGGAACUGUCCUGUGGUUAAACCACAGUGCUGGGAGACAGAAGAGCUGACUUCUAUUUUUCGCAGCUCCUCUACCAAAUCAGCCUAGAAGUACAAGCAAAUCAUUCUACCUCUAUCCCUUAACUGGUCUUUUCUUUUAAGACAGACAUGUCUCUGGAUUUUGUAUAGCUCAUAUUACUGAAAAUUUUUCAGGUAAGAUGCAACGAUGACAGUUACAAAUGUAUUUAGAUAUGAUUAAGCUCCAGGCCUGUUCUGCCAUGGUAGAGAGAAUUGUUCCCAAGUAGCUUUCGGGAACAGCUUCAUAACCACUCCCGGCACAAUUCAGCAGGUCACGUCCCUGAGAACAAAGUGAAGGCACACAGUCCAAUGAGUUUAUUCACAUGCAAAGUCUGAUCUCAAUGUAGACUGACUGAAAGCAGCAAUGGAAAAAUAUCUGCAUCUUUCUUAAAAAAUGGCUAAAUAUCAGAUACUUUUGGAAAGCCCUUUACCUAGGAGUGACCAGUAACCUCCAUUUUCUGGUAAUCAUCUGGCUUGGUACAAUUUCAUCUUACAAGAAAGUCAUAUACCAAAACUUUACAAAGUCCAAAACAGUCUGGAUUUGGCUACUAUAUAAUCAUAUAUCAGCAACUGUUUGCAAAUUUAUUAUCCAUUUAGCAAUGUGGGCUUUGCUUGCUUUUUCAGAAAUUUUAUUAAUAAUAAAGGCAGCCCAUCAGCAGCUUAAAGAAAAAGGGACAAACUCAAAGCAUCCACAGCUUGGAAAAUAAAACUGCCAAUCUUUCUUGACAAAGCUCUUAAAGAAGAGACACUGUCAGCUAAUUAAGAUCCAAAUUUGUAUUUGGGAAAAUUUGCUAUUUUAACUGAAUCCAAACAAAGUUGAUAUAUCAACUUUCCCCAGGAGGAGUUUGCAACCUGAUUCACAAAUGUGCCAACAGGCAGCAAGAGAAUCAGGAAGUGAGACUGAAUGAAAACAGAUGUGAAACAGUGCAAAAGCAAAUCCAAUUCCUUGACAUUUCAUUUAAUUCUAGCAAUCUUAAAAACUCAGGAAAUUCUAACUGUGACAGUGUCCCUUUAAAUCAUUAAUACUGAAAUUUGUUUCAAAUGCAAUGUACUGUAGAAAGAACAGUAUAGUUGUAUGUUCAGCAAAGUCUCUACUGCUACAAGACUCCUGGCAUUUCUUUACUGUGGCAAGUAUAACUGAUUACAGUAUGAUUUUUAAAGGUAAUAAAAUAAACAAAACAAUGUUAAUGGCUAAGCUUAACAGUUUUUUUUCUUCAUGUGAUACUGAAUAAAACUAUGCCAACCACAAAA